ACUUUCACGCAGGACGUCCCUGUGUCAGGACCGACGUCCUCCCUCCCCCUCUCCUCACUGACUUCAGCAAUCUCAAGUGGCCACUGCCGCAAUUAAGGAACCACGCCUGUUGCGCUCUAAUUUCUCUGAACUCCAGUACUUAUAGCCCCAUUCUGAGCUGCUGAAACGCUUGCCUCCUGUGGCUCCGAGUCUGUUUUUCCAGAAAAACGCUCUAUUCUGCCUUUUUUUUUUUUCCCCUUCACCCCUCCUAAUUGUUUUAUUAUCGCGAGAGCCUACAGCAGAGACCCUCCAGGGGCUGGCUCUUUUGACCACCGCCGUCUCUGUUGGAACUGCAGCUCUGGUCACUCUGACCAACACGCAGGGAAACAAUGAUGGAGUACCUCAGACUGAGUUUAGUGUUUUGCUGCUGGAUCAAGUUGGCAAGUUCUGUUCUAUCCACUGCCCCUCAAACCCCUGUGGCUAAUCCUGAAGUAAAACUGCUGGUCUUAACUGUUGCAACUGAGGAAACAGAUGGUUUCCACCGCUUCAUGCAGACUGCUAACUAUUUUAACUACACUGUGAAGGUGAUGGGAAUGGGAGAAACAUGGAGAGGGGGCGAUGUCGGCCGUUCUAUUGGUGGAGGGCAAAAAGUCAGACUACUGAAGAACACCAUGGAGAUGCUGGCUGAACAGGAAGAUCUUGUUGUCCUGUUUGUGGAUAGCUAUGAUCUUAUAUUUGCUGGGGGACCAGAAGAGAUUCUCAGGAAGUUUCAGCAGGCCAACCACAAAGUGCUUUUUGCUGCAGAGGCGUUGAUAUGGCCAGAUAAACGCCUAGCUGACAAGUAUCCCUCAGUCCGCAGUGGCAAACGCUACCUCAACUCUGGAGGUAUAAUUGGCUAUGCCUCAUAUAUCAACAGAAUAGUUUCUCAGUGGAACCUCCAUGACAAUGACGACGACCAGCUCUUCUACACCAAAAUAUACCUGGAUCCAUUACAGCGAGAAAAACUCAACAUGACUCUGGACCACAAGUGUCAGAUUUUCCAGAACUUGAAUGGUGCUGUUGAUGAGGUUCUUCUCAAGUUUGGAACGAACAGAGUAAGAGUAAGAAACACAGUGUACGACUCUUUGCCAGUUGUUGUCCACGGCAAUGGAAACACCAAAAUGUACUUGAACUACUUGGCUAACUAUGUGCCCAAUGCAUGGAACUAUGAACAUGGCUGCAGCCACUGUGAUGAUGAUCUUCUGGACCUGUCUCAGUUACAAGAGUAUCCAAACGUGUUGGUGGGAGUGUUCAUAGAGCAGCCAACUCCGUUUCUGCCUGAAUUUUUCCAGCGGCUGCUGACUCUGGACUAUCCAAAAGAUAAACUGAAACUCUUCAUUCACAACAAUGAGGUUUACCACGAAAAGCACAUACAGAAGUUUUGGGAGGAGAACAGGAAUGUGUUCAACAGUUUCAAGGUUGUGGGACCAGAAGAAAAUCUGAGCCAAGGAGAGGCCAGGAACAUGGGGAUGGAUCUUUGUCGGCAGGAUACCACAUGCGACUACUACUUCAGCAUAGAUUCAGAUGUCAUGCUAACCAACCGGCAGACAGUGAAGCUCCUCAUCGAACAAAACAGAAAAAUAAUUGGUCCCCUUGUCACUCGUCACGGCAAGCUGUGGUCUAAUUUCUGGGGAGCCUUGAGUCUGGAUGGGUAUUAUGCACGCUCCGAGGAUUAUGUUGACAUUGUCCAAAGAAAACGUGUGGGUGUGUGGAACAUUCCUUUUAUGGCGCAUGCAUACCUCAUCAAGGGCAGCGCCUUAAGGAAUGAACUUAAAGAAAAGAACUACUUUGUUCUGGAGAAACUGGACCCAGAUAUGGCUUUGUGUAGAAAUGCCAGAGAAAUGACCAGUCACAGAGAAAAAGACUCCCCUUCUCCGGAAUCAUUCCAUAUGCUCAGGCCGCCAAAGGGAGUUUUCAUGUACAUAACCAACCGCUACGAGUUUGGGAGACUCAUUUCCACAGCCAAUUAUAACAUUUCCCAUUACAACAACGACUUGUGGCAAAUAUUUGAAAACCCCGUGGACUGGAAGGAGAAGUACAUCCAUCAAAACUACACUCAGAUUUUCACUGAGAACUUCUUGGAAGAGCCUUGUCCAGAUGUGUUCUGGUUCCCGGUGUUCUCAGAGAGGGCCUGUGAUGAACUAGUUGAGGAGAUGGAGCAUUAUGGUUCAUGGUCUGGAGGCAAACAUGAGGACAGACGGAUAGCAGGGGGCUAUGAGACGGUGCCGACGGAUGACAUUCACAUGAAGCAAAUUGGGUUUGACAAAGAGUGGUUACACUUCAUCCGAGAGUUCAUAUCCCCUGUCACAUUAAAGGUUUUCUCUGGCUAUUACACAAAGGGUUACGCAAUAAUGAACUUUGUUGUAAAAUACACACCUGAUAGACAAGCUUACCUGAGACCCCAUCAUGACUCCUCCACCUUCACCAUCAACAUCGCUCUCAAUAACAAAAAUACAGAUUUUCAGGGUGGAGGUUGCCGGUUCCAUAGGUAUAACUGCUCCAUAGAAUCACCAAGAAAAGGCUGGAGCUUUAUGCACCCAGGACGCUUGACUCAUCUCCAUGAAGGCUUACCUACAACUAAUGGCACACGCUACAUUGCAGUGUCCUUCAUUGAUCCUUAAGCUGUCAUUUUAUGAUGAACUUUAAGUUAUUUGUUUUUUCUCUUUUUUUUCCUUUCAUGUCUUUCAGUCUCCAGACUUUUUUGUGAUGGACUUCUUUUUUUUAAAGCAAUUGCUUUGAAUGAAUUAAUGAUUGCUUAAAAAAUCUCUGUCAAACAGAGGGAUGUGACAGAAGCACAUAAGACAAAAUUAGGUUCAUAAAUAAGGAAAAACACAAACUAUGCAGCUAGCAGGGGCAGAAUGAUGCUUCAUCCCAGGAUUAAUGUGUACUGAAGGUUUCCAUGAUUUUGACAUUACUUUUUUCUUUUCUUUUUUAUCAUGUUGGUAACCAUUUUUAUGCACAUUAGGUUUUAUAAACAAGCAGCUGUACCAUGUCCAGAUGCCCUUUGUGAAUUUCAGGUAAUAUCUCACUAAAUGCAUUUAUGUAUGUAAUGUGCUUGGAAGAAUCUGCAUGUUUGUUUGUUUGUUUGUUUAUUUCUCUUUGUUCCUCUGAUUUCAUUCAAGGUGCUGAUUACAAGACGAGGUCAAACUAUGUAUACUCUAAACCUGAUUGGUUAAGUAUCAAAAUGGGCCAUAAAAGUUUUAGCGAAAUUCCCUCGGGGGAAUUAUCAAACACGUUGGGUCUCAUCUAUCCAAACUCUUCUAAGCAUGUAACAAUGCAUAAAUUUACUACUGGUCCUCAUUAACUUUCAUUGUCUUUGGGUCUGAGAUAUGUGUAUUUAUUUGCUGGAAUACGUGUUCGUGUAUUUUUCUACACCAAAGCAGCAAAUUACAGAUUUGUUAUAAAUAAAACUGAAAAGAAGGAAUCGGUAGAAAUCUGUUUGAACUGAAGGGUCAAUUUUACUUGAAAAAUUUCUCUCUCUAUCAAAUAAAGCAACAAUCAUUUCCUUUUCCAUAAACAUUUCUCAAUUUUUUUAUUUUUUAUUUUGUUUUUUGUCUUGACGGAUGUGAGUGACUGGAUUUUGGAACUCCAAAGGAAACCUCUUUAACUUAUUGUUGAGAUUUAAUAAAACUCGUUCUUUAAAA